AUGAAGGUCUCCGCGCUUCUGUCCCUCAUUCCCCUGGCUGCUGCCCUCCCCGGCUCUCGCCACCACGCUCCUAAGGAUUCUAACGGCGCCUUUGGUGUCACUGCCGCUCGCUCCGGCUCGCCCAUUCACUUCUUGCCUCUGACUGCUGCUGGCAGCAAGUUCUGGCUCGGUGGCAAGAGCCAGACAUACUGUCCCGAUAUCGUUCCCAACUGCGCCCAGGGUACCAACGACACCAUCAUCUACGCUCAGAGUGCCCUGGAUGUCAUCGUCCCCGGCGGCCAGAGCAUCUAUGUCGACCGCACCGGCGCACUGAGCUUCACCACUCCCCACUCGGGCUACAUUCCCCCCGGCUCAUCCCAGGGCCCCUUCAAGUACACCCCCGGCCAGAAUCUCGGUACCUGGACCUACACUGGCCAGGGUGCUUCAGGCUUUAUGGCUUGCCCUGCUCCCGCUAACUCUACUGCCGCUGCGCGCCAUAUUCGCCGCCAGGCUGCCCCGGCUGCGAACCGCUGGCAGGUGUUUGCCGCGCUGCAGAACGCGACUGUGCCUACUGGUAAUGUGGAUGAUUGCCUUGGCUUUGAGGCUAUGGCUAUUGGUCUGAAUGUUUCUUCUGAGCAUCUUGCUUGGGAGUAUGUCUAA